CCUUCCCUGCCCAUGUCGAACAAAACAGAGAAGAUGAGCAGGGGCGUCCCGCUCACGGACGAGGACCUCCUCCCGUGGCCGGAGUCGCUGCGCGACGCCAUUAGAGAGCGGCUGGACCGCGGCGAGGACGUCGCCGUCAGCUGCUCGACGCUACGGCUCAAGUAUCAGCCGAGCGGCGAGACCGGGACGAGCGGCGCGAGUGCCGUGCAGGCGGCCGGACUGAGCGGCUAUGGCGCGCGGGCACAAGAGCGACCGGCGAUAGCGGUCGGGCCGAGCGAGCGACGACGGCGACCGGGCAGGCGGCGUCAGCAGGUGCUUGUGUGGUUCGUUCUCUCCUCUGCUCGAACAAGAAUACCAGAUGCAGAUAAUCAGAUCUCAGUACGUAGUAUAUUUGUAUACAUAGAAUCAGAGGCAGUUUGGUCUUUUCCCGUGCUUAUAAAUGGAAAAAGAAAAAAGAAAAUCACUGAAAGGAGGAAAGUGGCAUAG